GCGUUUUAAGGGCUUUGGUUAUGUCAAUAGAUCAUUUUUCAUUCCUAUCCUUUAUGGGAAUAAAUAAAGGAAUUGCAUAGUGCUUUUAUACAAUCAAUAUUCAUAUCUUACACCUGAAGUCUUUUCAGAAUAUAAGAAAAUUUUAUGCCACAUAUCAGAAUUCAACAUUGUUGUUGUUUAUCCAUCAGAUCUGCAUCUUCUUUUUUUCCAUUUUGUGCAUAUUGACGUGGCUUGUGCCGACUAGGACAUAAAAGGAAUGAAAUUUGAUGUAGUUUUAGAUGUUAAAUAGGAAUUUUGAGCAGAAAUCAGCUUUGCGCAAUCUAGUCAGGAUUAUUGGGUUACAGGUUUGAUAAUCUGUAGAUGAACACUCAUAAGAUAGAUUGCAGAGAACAAGUUAAUCAGAGCAAUGGAGUGAUCAAUGAUUGUAGUUCUGAAUUUGGUAAUCAAUCUUCCGAGUUUCUUGAAUACAAACAGCCUUGGCACAUGGGAACUUGUUUUCAGCCACUGAACAUGGAGGGAGGAUCACAAGCGCAAUAUAUUGGGCCUGCUAAGCCAUCAACCACCAUUAUGAGUCGCUUUGAAUCACCAGCUUCUGCUUUUUAUGCAACCGAACGCUGCAUGGGAUUUCCACAGUAUGAGGGUGAAGUUGGUAAUCCCUCUAUGAACUCCCAGUUUUCCAGGUCUUAUGAUUCACAGCUCCCUGCAUAUCAAUCUGUUGGGGAGGACUAUUCCAUUGAUACAGCAAACCCAGCUGAACCCAACUUUAAUUUGAGAAACACCUUGCAGGCAAUAGUGAAAUCUCAAUUCUCUAGCAAUCAAUACUGUGGAUCAUCUGAAAAUUCCUAUAAAAUUUCAUGUAGCAAUUCACCAGCAUGUAAACUUCUUCCACAUGAACAAAAUAAGUUGCUGGGUGAUGAUACUAAUUAUGGCAGGAGGCAUCUUUUGAUUCCUUUUAAAGGCAAUCAGGAAAUUCAGGACCAUAUGGCUAAUUGUAAUUCAUAUAAUUCUCCACUUGGGCGGCUGAAUUUCUCCUCUCAGCAAGAGAAGCACUCUCCAAGAGAAAGUGUAUCUGUUACUUCUGGCAAUUCUGCUUCAACCGGGGCAGUACUCUCAAGUAAAACACGAAUAAGGUGGACUCAAGAUCUUCACGAGAAGUUUGUUGAGUGUGUUAAUCGCCUUGGGGGUGCUGAGAAGGCAACACCCAAAGCAAUACUGAAGCUGAUGGAAACAGAUGGUUUGACCAUUUUUCAUGUGAAAAGUCAUCUGCAGAAAUACCGAAUUGCAAAAUACAUGCCAGACUCAACAGAAGGAAAAUCGGAGAAAAGAAACAUUUUGAACAACCUACCUCUGUUUGAUGCGAAAACUGGCUUGCAGUUCAGAGAGGCACUGCAACUGCAGUUAGAAGUCCAGAGGCAUCUUCAUGAACAAUUAGAGAUUCAGCGAAAUUUGCAGCUAAAAAUUGAAGAACAAGGGAAGCAGCUGAAAAUGAUGUUUGACCAGCAACAGAAAACAAAUUGUAGCAUCCUCAAAAAUCGCAACUUGGAUACUACUUUCUCUGCUGAUCCAUCAAUUAGUCUCAAUGACAUUCGGGCUUCAAUUGCUGAAAGUUCUGGAAAUUCCCACUUCCCAUCCAAGAUAAGUUAGAUCCUAACAGAACUCCAUAUCCCCUCUUGCAUAUACGUAUAGUUUGUAUACAUAAAAACACUAUAGCAGUGGUGGGGUUCCUAGAAAGCUUUGAUCUUUCGCAUAUGUUAAACAUUAAAAGCAGUUAAGCAGUCAUGGGGUCCCUGCAAUGCCCACUCCUACUACAGAAUCAGGGAUUGUGCAGUGCGGCCUGACUAAGAAAUGGAGUGAAUUUGCUUAAUCCUUCUACGUGAACUCAGUGAAUGUACUUAUGAGAUCUGAAUGCACUCAUGGAUAAUACCCUUCAGAAAAGAAAUGUUUUGUAUCCACUCAUGCAUAUAGCUCGUGCAUAAACUCAGUGAAAAGCAUUCUUCUGGUAAGGUUCAUUUAUAGUAUUAGUGUUAGUGUAAGAAUAAUGUUGUCUUAUAUAACUCGUUUUCUUUCAAGUUCUUGUAAUGUAGUCAAAAGCUCCUUAAGGAUUUACAUUGAGCUCAUAAUAAACUGAAAUUUCUGA